AUGGUUGUUUUAAAUGUGAAUGAUUAUAUUUGGCUUACAAAAUCUGAAGAUGCUGAUUUAUCAGUCCCAAUUGGUGGUAUUAUUCGCAAGGUGGAACAAAGCCAUUACGUUAUUGAAGAUGAUGAUGGUCGGGUUCUUGAGAUUUCUAAGGAUUAUGAUUUGAAGUUGAUGCAUCCAUCUUCUGUCAGUGGGGUAGACGAUAUGAUUGAUUUGGGAGAACUAAAUGAAGGUGGAAUUCUUCGAAAUCUUUGUAUACGUUAUGCUCAGAAUCAAAUUUAUACAUACACAGGAUCGAUACUGGUGGCUCUUAAUCCCUAUCAAAUUUUGCCUAUUUACAAUGCAGAUUAUAUAAAAAUGUAUCGAAAACGCAAAAUUGGUGAACUUCCACCUCAUUUAUUUGCCAUAGGGGAUAACGCAUAUUGUAACAUGCGGAAAUAUGGUAUGGAUCAAUGCAUAAUAAUCAGCGGUGAAAGUGGAGCUGGUAAAACGGAAAGCACAAAAUUACUUUCACAGUUUUUAGCUGCUGUUAGUGGUCAACAUUCUUGGACAGAACAACAGAUACUCGAUUCAAAUCCAAUAAUGGAAGCUUUUGGCAAUGCUAAAACUGUUCGUAAUGAUAAUUCAUCUCGAUUUGGAAAAUAUAUUGAAAUUCAUUUUAGCCGUGAACUUGGCAGUAUUGUUAGUGCAAAGAUUGAUCAAUACUUACUAGAGAAAUCACGUAUUGUUACUCAAACUAAAUAUGAACGUAAUUUUCAUGCAUUCUAUUAUAUGUUAGCUGGAAUGUCAGAUGAAAUGAAAAAUUUAUUAGGAUUGACUAAAGUAGAAGACUAUGAAUAUCUUAUUCAGGGUGGAGUAACCGAACUAGAUGGUCGACAUGAUUCAGCUGGUUUUACCAAUGUUAACUCUGCUCUUAAAGUAUUGACUUUUACCAAGGAAGAUAUUGAUAAUAUAUGGAAACUUCUAGCAGUUAUUCUACACUUGGGAAAUGUACGCCUUAAAGAUGAACAAGUGAAUGGAGUGGAUGCAAGUAAAGUUUGUUCAGAGAGUGAUUUGGAGUUGGAAUGGGUAUCACGUCUACUUCAGGUAUCUCUUGAAGAUUUAUCGACAGCUAUGACUGUAAAAAUAUCAUCAUUAGGAAUAGAGGUGGAUGUUAACAAAGCAGUUCAUUCAACUAAUUCAGAACAUCGAAUUUGUUUAGUGGAACCUGGACGUAAUACAAUUGGAAUCUUGGAUAUUUUUGGAUUUGAAAACUUUUCAACGAAUAGCUUUGAACAAUUUUGUAUAAAUUAUGCAAAUGAAUAUUUUCAACAAUUUUUUGUUCAACAUAUUUUUAAACUUGAACAAGAAGAAUACUUAACUGAAUGCAUAAGUUGGAGAUAUAUUGAUUAUGUGGAUAAUCAGAAUACACUGAAUUUAAUUGCUAUUCAACCAAUGAAUAUUUUUGCAUUAUUAGAUGAAGAAAGCAGAUUUCCACAAGGAUCAGAUAAUAGUUUUCUAAAUAAAAUAAAUUCUAGACAUUCAUCUAAUAUACAAUAUGUACAAACUACAUCUCAAACAGACAAACGUUUUGGAAUUCAACACUUUACUGGUGUUGUAUAUUAUUAUGUUGAUGGAUUUCUUGAUAAAAAUCGUGAUACUUUCAGUUCAAAUUUAGUUAAUUUAAUAAUUCAAUCUGAAAAUGAAUUUCUUCGUUCACUCUUCACUAACUCUGGUCUGUUGACAAUAGAUCCACGUAAACGUUCAUCAACUCUUGCUAUUCAAUUUAAAAAAUCAUUAGACAAUUUAAUGCGUACACUGAAUAGGUGUCAGCCAUUUUUUGUACGUUGCAUUAAACCAAAUGAUAUAAAACAGUCAAAUAUAUUCGAUAGAGAACUUUGUAUAAGACAACUAAGAUAUUCUGGUAUGAUGGAGACAAUUCGUAUACGUCGUGCUGGUUAUCCAAUUCGACAUAAAUUUCAUGAAUUUAUUGAUCGUUAUCAUCCACUUAUUAUUAAGUAUAUAAAAGAUACAACUAAUAGAAAAGAGAUGAAUAAAAUAGUUGAAUCAAUCUGUUCUAUUGUUUUAUCAAAUAAAGAUUACCGUCUAGGUCGAUCGAAAGUAUUUUUGAAGUAUGUACAUGAUACACAAUUAGAACAUGAACGUGAUUGUAUUUUAAAUCAAUCUGUUAUAAAACUUCAGACGAAUUGGCGUAAAUUUAAUGCUUACCGAAAUUAUACAAAGGUGAAAGAGUCAGUCAUUUAUCUACAAGCAGUCGUAAAGGGAUGGAUAGCAAGAAAAUCAUAUAAACAGAUUCGCUGUGCAGUUCUCAAGAUCCAAGCUGCGUACCAUCGCCAUUAUAAACGUAAAACAAAAGUAACUGAAAAUGUGAUCAUUCAAUUGCAAGCUGUCGCAAGAGGUUAUUUGAUCAGAAAAGAAAUGAAAUGUCGUCAGCAGGCAGCAAAAUGCAUCCAACAGGCCUACAGAACCUUUAUGUUACAAAAGAAUUUAACUAAACUAAAAAUAUCAAAAGAAGAUACUGAAUGCAAACGAUAUGAACCAAUUGAUGAAUCUUUUCUAGUAGGAGAAGUAUUAAACAUUGUACAACAAGAUGAAAUUGAUAUUACACAUGAUCGGUUUUUGGGUUUUAAUGAAAAAAGUGAUUAUGAAACACCAGAUCAUCUACUUACCACUGUUAAUGGUUCCAACAAAAUGUUCACUAAACAUACUACAGAUUGGAGAAAUUUUGAAUAUACUAAAUCAGAGCCGACUAAAUUUCAUAAGUUGGAAUUUUGUGCAAAUGAUUUUGCUAUUUCGUAUGUUGAAGUGUCCAGUGAUGAUAAUAUAGAUAAUGAUUCAAAAUUUAUUAGAUAUGCUACAACUUAUUUUCAAGCUGGUGCUACACCUUAUUAUACGAAACAGCUAUUAUCAAAACCACUAUUAAUUCAUAAAAAUGAAGAGGAUAAUAAAAUUGCCUUAACAAUAUGGAUGGCAAUUUUACGUUUCAUGGAGAUCUUACCUGAAUCUGAGACAUCUGUUAUUUUGAAUGAACACUGUGCAAAUAGCCGUGAUUACUCUAUUACUUCUCAGCCCCAAACAAGAUGUGCAGUUUGUCCAACUUUACAACACAGAAAGUCGGUUGAUGCAUCUCGUGGAGCAAGAAGUGUUAUGAAACAAACAAUACAUGAUAAAUGUAAACCAAAUAUAAAGCAAAACUUAAUCAUUACAAGGUGUCAGAACUCAAAAUAUACUGCAAGAGUUCAAAUAAAUGCAAUCACUUCACAAAAGCCACACCAUAUAGUUGGUCCUAAACGAGAUGAGAAGGAAAAACAGGCGAGUCAAUUGAAAUGUAUAACUCCACUAGCGAAUACAGUAAAUUAUUCAAGUGAAGAUUUACCGUUGAUAAGAAAAUAUAAUAAAUUAUAUUUGAUUAUUAGACAUGGUAUUAUGAGACCAUCAUUGCAUGAUGAAAUCUAUUGCCAAAUAUGUAAAUCAAUCAAUAAGAAUCCCAGUCACAGAAGUCAAAUACAUGGAUGGUUUCUGCUUUCAUUGUGUAUUGGAUGCUUUCUACCAUCGAAACAAUUAUUAAAACCGAUCUGUCAGUUCAUUCAAUCUGCCCCAUCUGAUUUCACUAGAUUAUGUAUACAACGACUCCAACGAACACUAAUAAAUGGUGCACGUAAUCAACCACCAAGUCUUACAGAAUUACGUGCAAUAUAUUGA